AAUUGACCUUCUUCCCCUGUUUGAACACAUAGGUGGGCGGCGGCGCCAAACUUCCCCAUCUCAGGCAUCCAUCUCGCACAGCUCUCUCCCUCUCUUGUUCUUCUUCUCUUUUUUUUUCCUAUGCUUCUUCUUCUCUCCCCUCCGCCCUCUCUCUCAUUUUCUCACUGACGCCUCGCCUCUGCAACGAAUUGCAGUGGCGGCAGUUCAUUUUCCUUCCUCCCACCACCACCGGAUCUCUUACUUCUUCUUCUUUUCCUCCUCCUUCAUUUCCGAAGGUCCGUUAUCACCAAUCCCAUCACUGGAUCUCUCUCCCUUCUCUUUCUUCUCCUCCUCUUCUUCAUUUCCGAAGGUCUGUCAUCGCCGGAUCCCUCCUCCUUCUUCGUUGCAACGGAGCAAGACCGGCAGCAGCUCCGCGUCUGUCAAGAGAAGAGCACCUGAAGUUGAAAAGGGCUGAAUCUUCCCUGUUGUCUUUCCUGUUCUCUACAUCUGAAGACGACGAAGAAGAGUCAAAGCUCAGCCACCGUCACCUGAACCAGAGUCACUCUGUUGUCGUCGCCUAAGCUCUCUACUGCCUUCGUUUUUUGUUGUUCUCAGCAUUCCACCUGAAGUUUCACAUCUAUCUCUGUGUUCCCUCUGUAAUCAGCAAUCGGCCAUACAUACUUAGGUAACUGCAAACCCAACUUUCUUGCUUCUAUCAGAGAAGAUUAGAGGUGGGAGACACAUCGAUGGAGUAGGUUCCAUUAGAUCCACCCCGGUAGAUCUGCUCUUCAACCCAAUCUGGCCUAAAUUUACUAUAUGCUCUUGUGCUCGUUUGGAUAAUCCUUUUUUCUGUCUUUUGUUUUGAGAUUUAAUAGGGAUAAUGGUCUGAUGAUGUUAGUUUUGUUCAAUUUCAGUUUUGAUUCUUGUAUGGAUAUAGGUUUACUUCAGGUUGAUGUUUUUUUGUUUUCUUCUUUCCUUCUUCGGUUAUUUUCUCAGGCAUGAUUACAGAGUUUAUGUUGGUGUUUGCAUUGAUAAUUGGGAUUAAUUGGUUUUUGACAGGGAUAUCAGCCGAAUCUACCUAGCUAUCUCUGGUUAAAUUCAUUAAGGGGAUUAGCUUCUAAUUCCCUUAAUGAGCUUUUGCUUAGCCAGCUUAAUCUUCUUUUCCAUGUAAUGAACCUCCUUUUAUUAGUUAGUUAUCUUUUAUUUGUUAUAUUACUGGUUAUUUUUGUUUCAUAUAGCUUAGGCUAAUAUUUCUAUGUGGGCCCCAUCUAUUGGACCCGGGAGAGGGGGCCUAACCCCUUCCUUCUCCCAUUCGAGACCUAUUCGGACUGGUUUAGCCAGUGCUUUGUGUGUUAGAGUCACUAUAAAAAAAAAUACUCUUUCAAAAUUAUUCCCGGAGGUCUCAUCACCUCCGGUUCCUAAACUGAUGGGUGGGACUUUUCUGACACUUACAGUCAACAACAUUAAUACAGAGGUGAGAUAUGCUCCUCACACACGAGAUGUGCCAGCGAGGUUAGUGUGAGACGCCAUGGUGUGAGGAGCAGAUCUCUAUCCGACAUGGCAUUGAAAAAGCCUUGCAUUCGGAAUAUCUUCCAUGACCGAAGUACAUAGAUGUUUGUGGUGCAAGGCUGUAAAGGCUGUUCGAAGAAGUGGGAUCUGCUCUUGACAAAUGGGCGGUUCACAGGCACAUCUACCGUGCACGGGAAGAUCUCCCGUGUGUAAUGACUAAUGAGUACGGGAGAUGUUCUCAACGCAUGGUAGGAUGUGCAUGUAAGGCGCCUCACAGGCGGCAGGUGUGAAGAGCAGAUCCGGUCUCCUGUUCGACGGGUAGAAGCAAACCUUGCACUGACUGAAGCCGAUCUCUUGAAAAACUCCUAUGUAGUAAUGUAGAUGCAACAUCAAAAUUUAUUACCUGUUUGCUCAGAAGACAGCUCUCAGUAAACGGCUCCAAACACCGCUCGUUCCGGUAAGUGAGGUUACCCCAAAAUUCAUAUUAAAGCUAAUGGUCGUUGGACGGCAGUUAGUUGCUCCUCUUGUUGUUAAUUUGUUUCGAUUCAGAAACUCGCAUCUCUAUGGGAAUUGGGAAAAGAUGAGGCGCCAUAAAUCCAUAAUAUUGCCAAAGAAGAGAGAUUCAAUUUGCCAAGCAUAAUUGAUUCUUUUUUCUUCUUGUUGCUCCCCGCCCCUCUCUGAAGGUUGGUGGGUAAAGCCUUACAGAAGAUGAAAGGUAAAUAUCAAAAAAUUGCAGGUUCUCAUGCUGCCUCCGAGUACUGCAGUCUGCAGAUUUUCAUUAAGUAUUGUUCACAAGAUGGAGAUUCUGUCUUCGAGGAGCUCCGGCGACAACUUAUCACACUUGCAUGUAACACUUGUGCGAUAAACUUAGUGAAGAAAAUAUUAGAUAAUGUUAUUGAUCAUGUGCACCAGUUGGGAAAUGCAUCUCAGAAACAAACCCUUCUGUUGGAGUUGUAUCUGACUGAGCUUCAGUUUCUAAGGAUUUGGUUUCAACAAAAAAGCAGGUGGGCUAUUGGUGGAGCUGGUGGUGUUGUUUGGCCAAAAUAGAGGAAUCAGAAGAGGGGCUUGAGAAUUUCCACUCAAGCCUACCAUUAGAAAACUGGCAUUGAAUGCCUUUGCCUCCACUCUCUGGAGGAAAAAAAAAACACUCUGGAAGGGAAAUGUGAAAUAUGGGCUUGUGCAAAUAUAUCAAGCCUACACCAAAUAAAUGCUUGAACUCGGUAAUUAUUUUUGGGUUAUGUUAUGCCAUUUGCAGUUGCAAGAUUAUGUCUGCGUUUCUGGAAUCCUCAAAUUUCAAAUUACAAGAUUUGGUGAAACCUGAGUUGCAGACUUUGAAUAGAUGGUGGCAUUUUGAAAAAUCCCUGAAACCAAGUUCAGUGGGAAACAAGGUCAACUUGCAAGAACUGCCCAAGUAAGGGGGCCGACUUAUCUCUAUGAAACAAGCAGGUGCCCUGGCGGUUGACUGGUUUACGUGCAUUUGGUUAUGAAGUUGAGUAAGGUCAUUCAUCAAUGGGGACCUUAUACACAAAGAAUAGAGCCCUUUUAGGCACGAAAUGGCCUUGGCGCAAAGCAAUGUAUUAAAUAUAACUUGAAUUUCAGUUACGUCAUACGUGGGUCAUAACUCAUAAGUUUUUCAAAUGUAUAAUAAUUUAGUUAAAUUUUUUGUUCGCUAAUGGAAAGGAACCGAGAUGCCUGACUGAAAACUGCAAAUUUUGUUGUUUAUUCAUUUUGAUGAAAGGAGGGAUCUUGGUGAAAUUUAAUGAGAUAAAGGCAAGUCAACACGAAUUUAAUGGGAUUUGUUUA